UAUGAUCCAACGGUCGGGAACGACGCAUUGCUUCUACACACAUCAUCAGUCUAUUUAGGAGCUUACGACACCGAAGACGACGCCGCGCGCACAUAUGAUUUGGCUGCGCUUAAGCAUUGGGGUCGCGACGCUUCGCUCAAUUUUCCGGUCGGAAGAUAUGUUAAAGAGCUCGAAGAAAUGAAAAAAAUGUCUAAUGAAGAGUAUCUGGCUUUUCUGCGAAGAAGGAGCAGUGGAUUUUCGAGAGGGGUUUCUAAGUAUCGCGGCGUGGCAAGGCACCAUCAUAACGGGCGGUGGGAGGCGCGGAUUGGGCGCAUCCACGGAAAUAAAUACUUAUAUUUAGGCACAUACAGUACGCAAGAGGAGGCCGCGGAAGCGUACGAUCGAGCGGCAUUGGAAUUCCGAGGCCCGAAUGCGAUAACAAACUUCGACAUCAAUAGGUACACCCAAACGGCGAAUACUUUCGCGCCAAAUGAGGAAAGACAAGAAGUCGACGCACCGGAAACCGAGUCGAUGCCCCCGGGGAAUGUAUUACCCGUCUGUCAAGAAUUCGAAAAUCCGGACGCUGCCAUUUUAGAAUCAUCAGUUCCAGAGGACUCUGCAAUUGUCGUCGCGAUGGAAGAUCUCAUUAACCCGGAAGCAAUGAACGACACAAUCGAUUCGAUCGAUACGCAACCCAUUGUAGCGGUCGAUCCGACGAACGUGCAAGCCACAACGGGCCCCGUCGAAGCGCAAGUUGCCGCGCCGUGGGACGAUAUCUGCCUAGACGUCGGGUUCAACAACUUUACGAUUCCGGACAUUUCUAUGGGAAAUGGGUCCGGCGGUGUGUUCGACUACAAGGGGUUCGAUGAUAACAUCGAUUUCAUGUUCGAUGGGUCGAUGAAUGAUACCGAGAUGUUCUUUAACGGCGACGGCGAGGCCAAUGCCGUUGCCCCCGUUGCCGCUGCGGAUGCUUCGUCUUCGCCGUCUUUGUCAUCUCCGGCGUCGGCGUCGACGUCGACGGCGGCGUCGACAGGCAGCAACAUGUGAAGGAAGUAGAAGGCAUUGAGUAGUAAGUUUAAACUCUCCUUAAAACUAGACGAACCAUGUUUGGCUAUGACUAUGGAGUUUUUUUAGGUUUUUAUUUGGUUUUUAGAUUUUUU